AGAGGUAGAGUCGGGUGAGUCAUGACUUCACCAUCCUAGGAAAACUAAUUUUUGCUGGAGGACACACUCCCUACUAAAAUAUUAAGGGCUCAUUCUAAGUUAAUGAAAACACAGUGAUUCUUAUUUUCAGGUGAUUAUACACUAAUUAAACCUUUAAAUUAAACAGACUGCACCUUUAAAUUCUACAGAAGGCGCCUCUAAAAAAGAAGCAACACAAACCAUCACCCUUCAAGUCUUAUUCUGAAAGCGUCGCCGGAAACGCGUUUCUGUAGUUGCCGCUCACUUGCCGCUCGGUGCCGCAGCUCGCGCACUCGAUCGCAGUAAAUCUCGGCGCUCCGGAUCGUACCCCUCUCUCUCUCUCCAAAUGCCACCGGACACCGACAGCGGCCUCGGACCGGACGGACGGACAGCGGGACCGCGACGCACGGGACUCACCGGGAACAUGGCGGCGGGGAGAACAGCUUGCUCGGUACCGACGCGUCGAUAAAUCAGAGGAACGACGCGGCUGGCGGGCUGGCAACGGAGGAGCAUCACUUAAACACAGAGGCGAUGAAGACGGGAAACCUGAAGGCAGCAGCCCGUUUCUAAGCAACAGCAACACACUGCAGCACCACACACCAUGGGCUACAAGGUAACAAAUAUAGAUAAAGCUGUCUGCCGCCUCCUGUCCUGGGUGGGGGGGGGGGGGUCAUUUUACUGAGCUUACAGAGACCGUCCUACAAGGGAAAAGAGAAGCACUGUAAGAGCGCAGAGAGCAGCAGUGGGAUAUUUUAAAUCUGAGAUGCAUCACGUCCUUUUCAAGAGCCGCAGAUACCAGGGAAACACCGGGUCAGCUGGGUCAACCUUUAACCUUUUAAUCUGCUGGAAUAAUUUGUCAAAAAUCCCCGGGGCGGCGAUGGACAGAGUCAGCCUGCUAUGGCGUCUGAGGCGUCGGGCUCGCCGCGGAGCGCUCUGCAUGGCCUUCUUCUGCAUCUCCAUGGCUCUUCUCUACGCCAUCUGUGCUGAAAACAGCGUGCCCGUUACUGAUGCCAUCUUCGGCGUCCGGGCACGGACCCGGGCUCAACCUCGCACACACUCUGUCAUCAAGGUGCUGCGAGGCGGAGCCAAGCCCGUGCACAUCGACCCUCAGAAGCUUCCAGGUGUCAUCCCAGGUGACCCUCAUCAUCCAAUCCCUGUCCUCUCCUCUGCGAACCACACCCACGAAGAGUCAGCGUCAAAGCGGAAGCCGAAAGAGAGGGAACCCUCUGGGUUUUUCACCCGCCUGCUGCCGCGGCCCUUCACGCGUGCGCUGGAGACCCUGUUCGGAGGCCGGUGGAGGGGCGAGCUGAGCGGCAGAGGGGGGGACGCGGAGUUCUUCGGGCCUCACGGGCUCCUGGGAGAGGUGUGGGAUGACGAGAUGUCCAGCAGCAUGCUGGGAAACAGGCUGAGGAAGGUGGUGCAGAAUUAUCAGGCGAUGAAUAAAUACGGAGUUGAGCUCUCUGGGCCCGGCGGUGUGUCCAGCAGGCCAAAGCUGAACGGUCCAGAGCUUCUCUGCCAGCUGAAGGACAAGGUAGAGGUCACGACUUUGACCGCUGACCUCCAGCCCUUCUCGUCCCUGCCCUGGGCCUCCCAGCUUCCACCGAAGCCGUUGACCUCUGAGCUCGGGCCGUACAAGAGCUGCGCGGUGGUGUCGUCUGCAGGGUCGCUCCGUUACUCCGGACUUGGCAAAGAGAUAGACUCUCAUGAUGCUGUGCUGCGCUUCAAUGCCGCACCCACCACUGGCUACGAGAAGGACGUUGGCUCUAAAACCACCAUCCGCCUCAUCAACUCACAGGUGAUGGCGUCUGAUGACCAUCGUUUCCUGUCCAGUUCUCUGUACAGCACAGGCGUUCUGGUGGCUUGGGACCCCGCCCCCUUCUCUGCUGACCUCACACAGUGGUACAACAGGACAGACUACCCCAUCUUCACCCAGUACCAGAGAUACAGGAGGCUCCAUCCUCUGCAGCCUUUCUACAUCCUGCAUCCUUGCGUCGAGUGGCAGGUCUGGCAACGAAUACAAGACAACAUGGCCGAGCCCAUCCAGAAGAACCCGCCCUCCUCCGGCCUGCUUGGCACCGUCCUGAUGAUGUCGCUGUGCGAGGUGGUGCACGUGUACGAGUUCCUGCCUUCCCGGAGAAAGACGGAGCUCUGCCAUUACUACCAGCGUUUCUACGACGCCGCCUGCACGCUCGGCGCCUACCACCCCCUGCUGUACGAGAAGAACCUGGUCAAACGGAUGAACCAGGGACCCGACCGCGACAUCUACACCCACGGACGCGUCACGCUGCCUGGGUUCAGCACACUCAACUGCACCCACGCUGCUGGAGGUUUAGCCUCUGCUGAUGGGAAAAAGCAGUGAAGCACACACACACACACAUAAACACACAUAUGAUACAAAGCAGAACCUGCAUGAAGAACACGCAACGACGACGAGGACCGACGCAUGAAAACUCACUGCCGUUCUAAAAGGAACGCCGUGCCACUCUCUGUAAAUAUUAUGUUGUCACCACGAGCUGUAAACACUGGAAAACACACAUCUCACACACACACGGGAGUCCAAUCAGCUGAUACAUGUGCCUGCUGUACACACGUACAACAUUCAUCCCUAAAACCCUAAAACUCGACCUUUACAGGACCGCACAGCUGUUCUUCAAGGUUUUAAAGGUGCUUGAUUGAAAACUUUAGCACAUAAAGACAAAAGAUUACAAAAUUUAAAUUGUUUUUUUUCUAGAGCAUGUGUAGUACUACUCGUGCAAAAUGAUGGUAUUUCUGAACAGUGUAACACUAUAUAAACAAUAAUACGUAGCAGCCUGCGUGACACAUAUAGUAACUUUGCUAUAAGACUAUAAACGAUGGGAAUUAAAAACAAGCAAUAACA